GGUGGAGCGGUCCCAGAGAGAGAGGGUGGAAGGUGCGCGCUAGAGAAUAUACAAUAAUAAAUAAUCACAAUAAUGUCUGCCCGGUGAGAUGAGGCUCCGAAAUGGAACUGUUCUGACGGCUGUGGUCUUGUGCAGUGUGGUCUCGGUGUCCUGGUACGCGGCGUUCUCCGCUCAGAAAGGGGAUGUGGUGGACAUUUAUCAGCGGGAGUUUCUAGCAUUGCGUGACAGACUUCAUGCAGCUGAGCAAGAAAACAUCAAACGGUCUAAGGAACUGAAUGUGGUUUUAGAUGAGAUAAAGCGAACCAUUGCUGAGAAACAAACUCUGAGGGACAUCAACAGAACCUGGAGCAAUCUAUCAGAUGAAACUAAGCUCAAACUCUGGAACGUCACCGUCAGUAAGAAUGUAUUACAGCUGCCGAGCAUCUUCCAUCACCUCCCGCACCUGCUGGCCAGAGAGAACACUUUCCAGCCUUCCGUCUACUUGGGACAGAGGAGAACUGGAGUUUCGAUAGUGAUGGGAGUUCCCACUGUUAAGCGCGAGGUGCACAGUUACCUGAUCGAUACCUUGAACUCACUCAUUUAUGAACUGACCCCUGAGGAGAAGCAAGACUGUGUGAUUGUCGUACUCAUUGCAGAGACAGACUUGCCAUAUGUAAAUAGUGUUGCAGAAAAUCUCAAAAGUUUAUUCCCAAAUGAAAUUCAGUCAGGGCUGCUGGAAGUCAUUGCUCCCUCAGUGAACUAUUACCCUGACUUCUCCAAUCUGAAGGAAACGUUCGGUGAUCCAAAAGAAAGGGUCAGAUGGAGAACAAAACAGAACCUGGACUAUUGCUUUCUAAUGAUGUACGCCCAAUUGAAGGGCACCUAUUAUGUACAGCUGGAAGACGAUAUUGUGGCAAGACCUAAUUAUUUAAGCACAAUGAAGAACUUUGCACUGCAGCAACCGUCAGAAGAGUGGAUGAUCUUGGAAUUUUCCCAGCUGGGAUUUAUUGGAAAGAUGUUCAAAUCACUGGACCUAAGUCUGAUUGUGGAGUUUAUCCUGAUGUUCUACAAGGACAAACCCAUCGAUUGGCUGCUCGACCACAUUCUCUGGGUUAAAGUCUGUAACCCAGAAAAAGAUGCAAAACACUGUGACCGGCAGAAAGCAAACCUCCGAAUCCGUUUCAAGCCCUCCCUAUUCCAGCAUGUGGGAACACAUUCCUCACUGGCCGGAAAGAUCCAGAAACUAAAAGAUAAGGACUUUGGGAAACAUGCCCUGCACAAAGGACAUUCCAAUCCCCCGGCAGAGGUAACUUCCAGCCUGAAAACCUACCAGCAUUUCACAUUGGAAAAGGCUUAUCUGGGAGAGGACUUCUUCUGGGCCUUCACCCCAGUGGCUGGUGAUUUUAUACGCUUCAGAUUUUUUACACCAGUGAAAGUGGACAGGUUUUUCUUCCGCAGUGGGAACAUUGAACACCCUGGCGAUAAGCUCUUCAAUACCACUGUAGAGGUUCUGCCAUUUGAUAUGGUACAGUCGGGGAAGGAAACCUUGCUGGAUGGAAAAGACAAAUUUCCCAAAUACCAGAGAACAGAAGAUGGCUAUAUCCGAAUUGCUUCUUUCACGAAUGGUAUCGCCGAGGGAGAGGUCGACCCUUCAUUCGGGCCGCUGGAGGUUGUUCGUUUGUCUACCCUGUCAGACUCGCCGGUUUGGGUGAUACUUAGUGAGAUAUUUAUAAAGAAAGCUGAGUCUUAACAGAAGAGAAGACUUGGGUUUGACACUGAGGGCUGCUGCCUACAGCCUGCGAUGGUUUGAUUCUGGAACCUUUCCCCUUGGUUCUUGGCUCUUCGAUUUCAUCGCAGGAAGACUGCACCACCUACUGGCCAAUCCGGCAGAGCAGGAGAGGCCAACAAUGUCCCAGAACACUGCAUAAACUGACAUAUCUAGGAGCAGUUUGUGUCUGCUGUGAUAUCUUUUCUACUCAACAAAAUCAAACAUUGUAUGAGAGUCCAUUUUUCAUUGGAUCUUCCAUGCUGAUGCUCACUUGUCCGAUUUAUUCUAAAACAUGCACCAUUUUUUACCUGUACUUUGCGGAAUGUUUACACUAGGAAAUAUUGACAGUGAUGGGCCUGUUAUGUAGAAUGUCUCAAACUGGAGGGAAAGGGCAGGGAGAGUCUCUUAUUGUAGGGAGAAUGGUUAGGGAGAAUUUCUUAUUGCAGGGAGAAAGGGAGGGAGAGUCUGCUAUUGUAGGGAGAAAGGGAGAGAGGAUGGAGAGUGUUGGAAAUUUAACAGGAAAGUUCAGGAUAAGGGGUUCUUUCUAAUAAGGAGUCAGGGAUAUGGAGUCUCUCAAACUGGAGGGGUCUGUAGGAAGGGAAUGUUUGGUAUGUAUCUGUAAUCGAAGAGGGUGGAGAUAGGGAGCAUCUAACUAGAAGGAAAAGUUGAAGAGCAUCUGAAAUGAAAAUUGGAAAAUGGAAUGCAUUGAGUGAGUAUCUCAAAUCAGGGAUUUAUCCAGGUUGUGUGUCCUUAAUUUUUACUCACUUUAGAGAGAAUUUUAUAUCCACUACAGUCAAUAAUGUUUCGGAUGCAAACUUGAUUACAGACUAACUAUUUAAAAAAUUCCUGAAUUAUUUAAUUGGAGUAUAGGUUCACACUGUCUCCAAGGUGCUGGAUAAAUCCUUGUUUCCUGUGUAAAUUUGCUGAUCAAAUGAGCUGAGACUUGAGGUAUGGUUGGCCAGUUCCAAAUACUCCACAUGGGACUUUGACCCUUUUACUACCAAACUGGUGCAGGAGAAAUUUGACAGAAUAAAAUAAACGUUUGAGCUCUGAUCCAGACUCCAUGGAGGUGAUGAGAACUAUAUUGAUCAAAUACUUAUUCUUUGCCUAGUGAAUGUAGGAUCUUUCUUUUGAAUCCUUGUCAAUUCUGUGCAAACUAAAACAAAUGCUAUACCAGACAGGUCUCUUGUCUCUGGUUCAAAGUUUAAGGGUCUGAACGUCGCCAUGUCGAUAAUUGUACCGUGAAAGGUGGUGUGAUUGGGAAAAAUGUUUUGUGCUUACGUCAACCUUUUCAGGUAAAAUUAUUGAAAGGAGGAUUUCUGCUUCCAUGGUGUUUUUAUUACAAGUAAUAAAGACUGCAGUGAAUGGAUGAAAGAAUUUAAUAUAUUCAUUUUAUAAACUGUACUAUUUUACACAAUCUGUAAAUAAGGCCCAAUUUGUAGAUAAUAAACAUGUAUCAUUACAAAUCCAUAA